GACCCUCUCUCCCUGUGCCCUCACGAACCAUUCCCCCUUUCCCUAAGCCUGUCAUUCCCCAUACACUUACCCCUCAUGCCCCUCCAUGCUCUCACCUCAUUCCCCCUACGCUGACCCCUUUCUCCCCUGCACCCACCCCACAUUUCCCCGCCGCUAACCCCUCCACUCGCCUGCCCUGGCACGUACGCUCCUGA